AUGACCAUCAGGCAGACCGUGGAGAGCGCGGAGAGCCGCGCGCGCCUUCAGAUAAAGACCAGCGCUACGAAACUGUCCCGCGGAAAUAACCGGCAGUAUGCACAGGCCCUACAUCGCCAGGCGGACGAGCUGUGCCAGCGUGGCGAGUACGAGUCGGCACUGGUGUUGUAUCAUCGAGCAGCUACCGUGUGUCCGCACGAUAGCAGUCACAGUGUGGCGGCGCGACGUACCGCAGCCACGAUAAGCUCGUGGAACAAUUCGGAAAAAAGCUCGUCGAGAGACGACGCGAUUUCGAGGGUGACUUCGAGUCACGAGAGUGUGGCACUCAAAGCGCGCGAUACCACGAAGUCUUUUAAUGACCUAUCAAUUAUCCCCGACGUUCUCAGAUAUCUCGAUAGCCACAAGAAGCCCUCGUAUAAAAUCUCCCCCGCUCUCGGAUCCUUGACUUCCAAGCUAAUCCGAUCCAGAACGAUGCUGAAGCACGUCAAUAGUCGCGCCAAUGCCAUGCUGAAGAACCUGAAAGUCAAUUUCAACGCCGGCAAGAUGAAGACUUCUCUGAGACUCGCCGAGGAUCUACUGGCGUUAUCUUCCCACUCGGACGAUCCCCGUCGGCACAGAAUACCGGCGUACCGGUACUUAUCUCUGAUACACGCGGCCUUGGGGCGGCACGAUCGAGCGUGCAGCAACGUCGCCAUGAUGGUGCGGCUGUCGAAGGGCGCGAACGACCCCGUCGUCCUGUCGCACGCUCUCGUGACUCUGGGCGAGGUGCAUCUCAGCUUCGGCCAUCUGGAAGCGGCCGCGCGUGCCCUGGAAAACCUGUCGAUCCACGUCGGCCAUCCGGUGCCGCGUGCCUGGGUGCACCACGAGAUUGGACGCUGCCAUUUGGAGACGGGGAAGUACGUCAAGGCGCUGCGCAAGGCGACGCGGUGCCGGGAAUGCGCGGAGGAGGCGAGCUCGAAGAAGUGGACCUUCCACGCCGACCUGCUGCGGGCGCAGUGCCUGGCGAUGCUGGGUCGUUUCGCCGGGUAUGAUAUCCGCGUUGUGGCCUCUGGCCGUUUUCGUUCUCCACCGAAAAAAUAA